AUGGACCGCGCCUCCUGUCACGUUAUUUACGUGAAUCGCAAUGUCAGCCAAGAUGGAUUGAUUCACAGCUCUUCUGGCGACAGCACAUCCGAUUGGGCAACGGAUGAGGCUCGUCACGUCGUACAACCUCUGCUGGAUGCCUUCGGAGAUGUUCACGUUUGCGCAUCUGGAGGUGCCUGCUUAGCAAAAUUAUUCGAAUUACAAGAGGGUUCAAUGCUUGACCUGAAGCCAACCCUGGUUCUCCUUGAUACGCCAAACGGUGACCCAGUACCUGAAGCCCGGAGAAGGGCGUCGUCACCUUCUCCUUCAUGUAGUUCUUCCAACGAAAAUGUCGACAUCCACACACCCGACGAAGCACUGUACGGUCUGGGACUGCUGCAAAAAAUCAUCACCGAAGCGCAUUUGCGCGGUCACCCCACAACCAACGGACAGAUGACCGACGGCACAGCUGAGCAGAAGCCUUUGCCAUUGGGAUCGCUUGACACAAAUCGUCAACUUAUCAGGAGUUUGGAAAUCUGCGCCUAUCGGGCUCACAGAGAUGCCGCCAAGGAACAGUCAACCCUGCUGGAAAUUAGACAAGGUCGAAAACGGUCGUGGGUUGGAGUCAACGAAGAGAAGCCCUUCGCGUACCUCCGUGAAGCCAUGGUAUCCGGCCUGAUGAAAGGAAUAUGUCGUUUAGGCACCAGUGACGACCAAAUCAACAACGCUCAUGUGGCCGUCUCUUCGGAACGACAAUCUGCCAUUGCUGAGGCAAUAGGAAGUUGGCGCUUCUGCGCUCACUCAUACACCGAUGAUGAGUUGUUGGUGGCCGCAAUGGACAUGUUCAGACAUGCCUUGUCUAUGCCAGAACUUGAGCGAUGGCGGAUACAUGCAGAUCAACUAAUUAGCUUCCUUGUUGCUUGUCGCGCUGCAUACAAUAGCUUUGUACCUUACCACAAUUUCCGUCAUGUUGUGGAUGUACUACAAGCUACCUUCAAUUUCCUGGUACAUAUCGGUGCUCUGUCGCCAUAUCCUUCGGGUACUGAAUCCCGUCCGAUGCCAGAGAAGUCGCCUAUGGCUUCUCUCAUAACUCCGUUCGAAGCGUUGACGCUCCUAAUCACUGCUAUUGGGCAUGACGUCGGACACCCUGGCGUGAACAACGGUUUUCUUGUGACACUAAAUGCUCCCCUAGCACAGUUGUACAAUGAUCGAUCUGUUUUGGAAUCGUUCCAUUGCGCCGCUUACUCGCAGAUUCUUCGACGAUACUGGCCCUCUGCCUUCGAAGACACAAAGAUGCGUAACUUGAUGAUUAGCUCUAUCUUGGCUACGGACAUGGGCUUGCAUUUCGACUAUAUGAAGAAGCUCGGAGAUGUUCAAGAACGACUUCAAGCUAACAAUAGCGCCGACGGUUGGAAUGGUCGGCAAAUUGAAGAGAACAAGUCUCUUGCUUGUUCGUUACUCAUCAAAUGUGCUGAUAUUAGCAACGUGGCACGGAACCAUGAAAUAGCUUUGAAGUGGACUUAUAUUCUCUCAGAAGAGUUCUCCCGACAAGCUUCGAUGGAGAGUGAGCUGAGCAUCCCUUCAUCACUUAUGACACCGCCCAAGCAAGACAUGACUUCACUGGCUAAAGGCCAACUCGGCUUUAUGAAUCUUUUUGCCACCCCUCUAUUCCAAGGCGUCGCCGACAUCAUGCCCGCUAUGCAGUACACUGUCAACGAGCUUGAGAUGAAUAAGAGUCUCUUCGAGCUCAAGCUUCAACAAGAGAAAGAAAAGCAACCCCUAGAUGACCCAAUCAGGAGACGUCUUCUGAAGGAAGGUACAUUUUCCCCAAGGACCAUGAGCUUUGCUGUACCACAAGAGGAGGAGAAAGAGGAGAAGAGAGAUAAGACACCUCUGUUCGAGGCAUUGGAUCGCGGAUCGGACACGACCCCUGUAGGGAAUGGCGAACUACCCAUGCCACGCCCAGAAAGGGAUGACUUAUCGCCGGCCGACAGUCAGAGGACAAUGGGACCAUCAGCCGCAAACAGUGUAGCUGGUGACCACAGGGGAUCUAACGGAUCAGCCUCAACAUUUGAUGCGGUUAGAGAAUUGGCCAAUAGCGAUCCGUUUCAGACGCAAACGAGAAGGGAUUCAGCGAAGCAACGAUCCAGCGAGACGACAGAUGGGAGUGUUUCUGGGGCUUGCUCGGGAGAUUGGGCUUCACAAGCGACAAGCGCUACAACGGGCAAGAUGCCGAUGUCACCAAGCACACGUGGUACGAGUAUCGUGAGCGGAGAUUCGACUGAACAUGCCAUUGGAAUUCCUAAGAUCAACGUCGACUCUGCAAGUCUGAAAGACAGCUCAGGAACCCUUCGCCAGGAUGGCUCACCUAUCGAUGACGAAACAAGGUCUGAUGCGAGCACGACAGGUGGAAGCAUUGGCAGAGCUGAGGAAGGCACAAAGGCACGAAUUCUCCGUCUACUACAGACAUGA